UUAGAAAAUUUAACAUUUUUGGAAAUUUCUAGAAUUGGUGAUAUGGGACUGAAAUAUAUUUCAGAAUUGAAAAAUUUGAGAAUUCUAAAUAUACAUGAUCCAUGUUUUACCUUUACAAGGUAUGGACUUGAAUCCAUCAGUGAAAUGCCCAAAUUGACUUGUUUGAAAGUUAGAGAUUUGAAAAUUUGUAACGAAGGUGUCAAUUGGAUUAGUCAAUCAACUCAAUUGACUGAUUUAGAUUUUACAACCUGUACUUUAGAUCAAGGAUUAGAAUCAUUAUGUGAAAUGAAGCGAUUAACAAGUCUAUGGUUGCCAAGUUGCCCAAAAUAUGCAAACAAAGUUGAAUUAAUUGGCCAAUUGACACAAUUGACUAGUCUCAACAUUUGUGCUAGAGGAAUUAAUGAUCAAGAUGGAGUACAUAUCAAAGAAUUGACGCAAUUGACUGAACUUGAUAUUAGUCUGAAUCAAAUUGUUUUUGAAACUAUCGAAUCUAUUAGCCAAUUGACCAAUUUAAUUAUUCUAAACAUGUCCUAUUGUAAUAUUGGAGAUGAUGGAGCAUGCCUUAUUGGAGAAUUGAGUCAAUUAAGAGAGUUGAAAGUUUUAAAAAAUUUAAUUACUGAUGCAGGAGUUAUUUCAAUCAGUCAAUUAAAACAUCUUAUCAAGUUGGAUAUUAGUAAUAAUGAAAUUAGUAAGACUGGAGCUGAAUCAAUUAGUGGAUUGAGAAAUUUAACUUACCUUAAUAUUGGAUAUAAUUUAAUUGGAGAUGAGGGAUGCGAUUUCAUUUGUGAUCUGUCUCUAUUAAGAUCUCUUCAUGCUGAUAAAACUGGUAUCAGCUCAGAAGGUAUCAAGUCAAUCAGAAAUUUGAGAAAAUUGACUAGUCUUUCUUUAUCAAAU